GACUGGUCCCGUCGGAUCCGAGGCGACCAAAUGUGGCGCUCAAGCAGCCUGGCCCGUAAUAGAGCUUUGACGUAGGACGACUCACUACAAAUGCCGCAGCUCCAAUCACUGGAGUGUACCAAUCCAUGUCGGCGCUGCACGAUGGGUCAGAUCUUUCUGGACGCAGGAGGUUCCCGGGCCACCCUUAAAGGAGUCGUUACCGUUCGAGCAGCCACCAAAGAAGGAGGGCAUGCUUACAGUCCUCUUUCUUCAUAUCAUUUCAACUCAGACACAGGCAGUGACGAUACUGCACAGAGCCAUGAAUGAUGCAAUCCAG